AUGCUGGGCAUUGACAACAAACGCAAAGUGACUGAUAUCAUACAUAGUACUAGUGCUGCUCUUAUUAAAUAUUUCGUUCCGCAUUAUCUUGGCCUUGCACAUAUAAAUCGAGAAGAAAUCAUUAAGAAACAUACAUCAUCAAUUGCUACUCGACUAUUAACUGAAAAUCGUAAUCCUUGUAUAUUGGUCCUUGAUGGAACUUAUUUAUAUAUUCAGAAAAGUCGUAACAACCAAAUGCAGCGCAAAACUUUCAAUCUACACAAAAAUCGUUCACUUAUCAAGCCGAUGGUUGCUGUCACAACUACCGGCUAUAUAGUCUCUGUCUUUGGUCCAUUUUUUUCUGAUAAUAGCAAUAAUGACGCAUCUAUCUUAAAACAUAUUAUGAUAAAUAAUUAUGAUGACAUAUUGCAAUGGGUCGAAGAGAAUGAUAUUAUGAUCCUCGAUCGAGGUUUUCGUGACUCGUUAGGUGUUUUAAAGUCAUUAGGCAUUGAUGUCGCUAUGCCUUCAUUUUUUGGUCCGAAACAAAACCAAUCUGAUGUUCAAGAUGCUAAUAAUUCUCGUUUCGUAACUAUUCUACGUUGGGUUGUAGAGAGCGUCAAUGCUCGCAUCAAACGCUUCAAAUGGUUUAAUCAAGUUAUACCGAAUUCUUCGCUACCAUCUGUACAAGACUUCAUCUGCAUAGUAGCAGCACUACUCAAUUGUUUUCAUGUUUCUAUGGUAACUCCAUCUCCAAAUGAUGAUGAAACUAUUCGCCGCAUGAAUUCGUUAAGAACACAAAACAACACUUUGCAAAUAUUUCUCACCGAUUAA